AUGGGGUCGUUCCUGAAAAGUUUCCGAAAAGAUGUGGGAUCCGCCGCACCUGCGGUUGGGGCUCCUCCCCCGAAGAAGGAACUACAGCCGCUUCCAAUGACCCCGCUAGAGAAGAUGCUGAUGGAGCUGGGGCCUAUUCGAGAGGAUGGCAGUGACAAAUUCUUUGGAAUGGAAAAUUUUGGAAACACAUGUUGCAGCUACUGUAACUCUAUUCUACAAUGUCUUUACUAUUCGGUGCCCUUUCGGGAAGCCGUACUUAAUUACCCUAAGCGUACGCCCAUCGAGAGCUUAGAGGCAGCGCUGGCCAAAGCCCUUCGAUACCAAGAUCCGAAUGCGCGUCAGGAAGCAGAGGCGCUGGCUGAGAAGCAGAAGGCGGCUGCCUCGCCUAAGCCUGGGCAGCCUCCGAAUCCACAGCAGAAACCAGAAGACAAGGAUUCGCCGGAAUACAAGAAGAAAAUAGCGUUGCAGACGCUUCCCCUCCUGGAGACAGCGAACAAUGCGGACAGCUAUGCCAUGGCUGAGUCACUGUUCACCUCAAUGAAAGAUAUCUUCGAGUCGGUUGUCGGGAGUCAAUCCCGAAUCGGGAUUAUCCGACCGCAGCACUUCUUGGAUGUGCUUCGCCGAGAGCAUGAGAUGUUCCGCACAGCUAUGCACCAGGAUGCGCAUGAGUUUCUCAACCUAGUGCUCAAUGCUGUCGUUACCAAUGUGGAGGAGGCCGCAAGAGAUCCCCCACCCGAAAAGCUCCUUCCGGCAGCCGAGAGCUCAGAAUCGCUUCAGCCGUCGUCGAGCUCGGGUUUGAAAACACCCAACACCACGCGAUGGGUCCACGAGUUGUUUGAGGGCCUUUUGACUUCUGAAACGCAAUGUCUCACCUGUGAGAAGGUCUCCCAACGGGAUGAGGUGUUCUUGGAUUUAUCGGUAGACCUGGAGCAGCAUUCUUCUGUGACAUCAUGCCUGAGAAAGUUUUCCGCUGAGGAGACGCUUUGUGAGAAAAACAAGUUCCACUGUGACAAUUGUGGUGGGUUGCAGGAGGCUGAGAAAAGGAUGAAGAUCAAGCGUCUGCCACGAAUCUUGGCUCUACACCUAAAGCGUUUCAAGUAUACUGAGGAUCUGCAACGCCUUCAGAAACUCUUCCAUAGAGUUGUCUAUCCUUAUCACCUUCGUCUCUUCAACACAACGGAUGACGCCGAGGAUCCUGAUCGCCUCUACGAGUUGUAUGCAGUCGUGGUACACAUCGGUGGUGGGCCAUACCACGGACAUUACGUUGCUAUCAUCAAGACCCAAGACCGAGGGUGGCUGCUGUUUGAUGAUGAAAUGGUAGAGCCUGUGGACAAGAAUUAUGUGCGCAACUUCUUCGGUGACAAGCCCGGCUUAGCAUGCGCAUAUGUGCUUUUUUACCAGGAGACUACCAUGGAAGCUAUGAUGAAGGAACAAGAACAGGAGAACAUGGAGUCGCCAGCUGAAGCAAAUCCUUUUACUACGAAGCCCAACGGUUUCGCCCAUUCUCCCGCCCUCGCUCACGUUCACAGCGCGUCCCAAAUACCAGUCCCCGAGGAACAUGACCGGUUUACCGGGCUGAAACGCGCACCAACUGCGCCUCAACUAUCCACACAUUACGAACAUUCGGACGCUGAAAUUCCAGCAUCUCCAGCUCCUGCCCAAACUCCUGUCACUCCUUUGCCUCCGAUACCUCCCAUCCCCGAAACACCACCGAGUCCAUUGGUGUCGAGAAAAAGCGAUUUGCAGUCCAAGAAAGAAAGAGCUAAGGAAGAAAAGGAGCGAAAGGCCAAGGAAGAGAAGGAGCGGAAAGAGAAGGAAAGGCAGCGCCGGAAGACUAUUGAGGAAAAUCAGCGGCGCGACGAGGCCAAUCUCAAGGCAGCACUUGAAGCAAGUAAAGCAACGAAGGAGGACGAGGAUCGGCGUAACCACAAAGAAAAUGCCUCGUCUAAGAAGGCUGCUGGAGGCCUUGGCCGCUUCAGAAGCUUCAGUCAACGCAUUAACAAAGACAAGGAAAGCCGUCAUUCUCUACCACCGGUCCCAUCACUCCCAAACGGAAACCACUCUUCGAGCAAAGUGUCAGUCGAGCAGGGCCAGUCAGAAAUACUACGCAAACCAGUAUCCCGACCACCGUCACAACCGCUAUCUCCGCCGCCGACUAACCACGUCGCACACUCUUCCCCAUCUGAGCCAGCCUCAGCCCAACCCGAUCAGCAGGAAUCCAUUAAGCAUUCAAAGCAUGACCGCUCCUCCGGCCAUGGCAAAUGGCGGUCGUUCAGCCUCCGGAAAAAAUCUUUCAACAUCCUCUCAUCAUGA